AGGCAUGGGGAAUUCAGAGGAAAAUGAGUGGGUGUGGUGUCUGUAUAAUCAAAGUAAGUGAUGUGCCAUUUCUUGACCAUACUUUCACCACUCACAUGUUUGUGUAAGCAGCAGCUGCAGAGCAAGUUCCUAUUUUAAGCCUUUUCUUCUUGCAUGUGAUUUGAUUCCACCCUUUUACCAAACUUUUCCAACUCCUGAAUUCCUUCUUUUGUUAUUAUUUUCAGCCCAAAAACUUUUUAAAAAGAAAACCACACAUUUAGAAAAAUAUUGAAAAACUAUUUUAGUUUUUAACUUUAAUUACAAGGUAUUUGAAUUUUGAUCUUCUCAAAUAUUUGGUGUUUAGAGUUUUGAAUUUUCUCUUUUUUUUGGCAAGCAAUUUUCUAAUAAAUUCUUUUAUAAACAUCUUAAUUUCUUUUUGUAUUUUUGUAUUUUUGUAGAUAUGUGAUUUUUUUAAAUUGAAAAAUAUAAGUUUAUAGCAAUUUGAGUUUAGGGUUUAGGGACGAAAUAUAUAGAUUUAAAGUUUAAAUUCUGAGGUGUGUAGAUGAAAUUUGUAACUUAGAAAUUAAAGGAUCAAGAGACAAAUUUCAAAGUUCAAUAUGAUUAAAUUUAUAAGCUAUCCUGUUUUUUUGGUCCCUAUUUUAGAUUUUAAAAAGGUCACUUUUACAGAAAAGGUAUCUAAUUCAGUAAUUUGGAACUAUUUUUUAACCUAUGAUUUGAAUAUAUAAUAUGAAGAAACUCUAAAGUUAGAUCUAGAAAUGAGUUCAUUUGGUGGGUGGGAAUGUGGGAUGACUCAUCCUAUUGAUAAAACCCUAUCCUUACCCAUUUGAGACUCUAAUGAACCAUAAAAAAACAAAAGAAGAAAUAUACUCUUUAUGACAAAACACCAAAAUCGUUUUUCUUUCAAUUUUCCCUAAUUUUCUAUAUUAAGUUCUAAUCAUAUCGUGCAUGAUUGAGUUUGUCUAACGAUAUCUUCUAAUUACAAAAUUUUGACAAUCAUUAAUUGUACCAUAGAAAAAUAAAAAUAUAAUUUUCCAAUAGCAUUGACCUAAUUCCAUUGAUAGUCAAUUAUAGUUGGUUUGCUUCAUAAAUAUAAUUUGAUUGUUUUAACUUGAACAUUUUGCAAUUGGAUUAUGAUUUAGAUGGUUUAGUUUAGAUCGAAAAUCGAGACAACUAACAAAACGGAAGGUCCUUAAUCUCCAUAAGGGAGAUUCUGGUGUGAAAAGAAAAUUUGACAAAAUUUUAUAAAAAACUGAACGGCUUAAUUUGAAAAUUUAAUAAAUCAACCCUAAUCAAUUUGAAGGAACAAUUUAGUCUUAAAACCCGUCGGAGGCUCAAUUAUAGCUCAAGUUUAACCAUGCAAUUAGACUUUAUUGUUUACACAUUUGAUAGUAAGUUUUACGCAACACAGAAAAAGAGUAAAAAACAAUCGUAUUAGACCAACUUUUCUAAUAAGAUGGAUUAGGUUUCCACAUAAACUGAGUAUUGUUCAAAAGAAGAAAAAAAAAUGUACUAAAUUAAGAAUAAGAACACUUGUAAUUUACUUUAUUAUUAUUCAAAAGAGAAAAAAAUUUCAUAUUCUUAAUAUUGUUAUUGAGAUUAAGAAUAGGAAUACUAAGAUCAUAGCUUACCGAGAACGAAAAUUCGUUACGUUUACAUCAAGUUUGAGAUUAAGAAUCUAAAGUAAGAAAUCAAAUUCGAAAUUUGUAUUCUUAAUUUAAUCUGUGUUCUUCCUGUCCCCUAAAAUGGGCAUCCAUCCAUGGAUGUUCUUGAAUUCCAAACUCCAUUUUCCCAUCGCUUUUGCUGCAAACAGAUCUGUACGCUUUAUACUUUAAAACGAUUCUGCUUUUUCCUUCUCUUCCUCGCUAUCUUUUCAAUCAUCGCCAUUGCAAUCGCCGCUUUGCCUGUAAUUUUCUUGUUGAAGCCUCGAGAACCCAUUUUUUCUCUCCAUUCAGUGCGAUUGGAUUGGUACAACAUUACCAUCAGAUCUGGAUCUCCAAUUCUCUCAUCUGUUUUCACUCUGACUCUCAAUUCCCAAAACCCUAACAAACUCGGAAUCAAGUACAGCCCGUCAAGGCUUCUCUUGAUCUACGAUGAAUCCGCCGUGAUCGGAACGAUUCGAGUCCCGGAAGUGUUCCAGCCUGCUCGUAGCGGGGAACGGAUUGUUCGAACCCGUCUGUUGUUGCAUCAAUUGGAUGUGGAUUUGUUGGAGACGACGAGAGAAUUUGUUGAAAUGAAAAUUAUUGGUGAUGUUGGUGUAGAGCUGUUUGUGCUUCACAUGAAGGUGAUUAAGAUGAAGGUUGCUUUAAAAUGCGAUGUGGAUAUUGAUUACAGAAAGCUUAAUUUCAGAGAAGAAAUACUUGGCAAUGGAGAAUCUGUAGGAAAAGCUUUGGAUUCAAUUCCUUCAAACUCCAAGACAAUGUCUUCAAAGUGUGGGAUCGCUUUUUACUUAUGAAAGUGCUUAUAAGUAAUUACUUAUAACUAACAAGUAAUUACUUGUUAAGUGUUUUGUUUAGUAUCUUUUGGGUUUAUUUCUUUUGUAGUGUGUUUGUUUUAUUUACUAAGUUUCUUCAUUAUCCCAUUACUUUUACUUUUUUUCCCUUCUCAUGAGAAUCUUCAUGCUUUUAUUUUGUUAUUGGUAUAUACACAUUGUUUACGGUAUCAAAAAAUUGAUCAUUGCCAACAAGAGCUUAUAGUUUAAACAUUUGUA